UUCAGCUCCAGCUCUCAGAUCCUGUGGAAAUAAUUGCGGUGAUGUAGAUUAUGGCUUGGAAAAAAAACAUGCUCUGGGAACAGUUUCGUUUAAGGCGCACUGCCUUAACGUUCUGGACGAAUAUCUUGCACUAUGUGAACCCUGCGAAAGCAGACGGGGUGAACGCAGUUUAUUUCAUUCUGCGAUGCCUUUUUGUUUUUUUUCCAGCGAAGAUGUUCAUCUAACAUUUUAACCAGUUGCCGACAGGUCAGAGCUGAUCGCCUUGCCGUGACGUCGGUACGCACACAGGCAAUGUGGCUUUUGUGCUUUUUGACAUCACGGCGAGGAGGUCACGCUUGUGAAGGAACCCAGGUGAUAUCUUGCACAGGCUGCUGAUGUGGCCGUGCAGAGUGCAGCUGCCGUGCACGUCGACGGGCGCACUUGUGUGUUUCCCACACCUGCGCUCUCCGUUUUGAACCUCGGUUUUCUCGCAGGCGGGGGAGCUGCUCGUCUAGAUGCGGACAGAGGAAGGGGCUGGUUACUAUACUAAAAGGAUAGUUAAGAAGGCAAUUAUUCACAUCCUGCAGCCGUUUCAGCCUGUCACUGCUGUGGUAUCAUAGCAACAGCGGGGAUUCAGGGUAAUAUCGGCAAUAUCACCAUCACCCCUGUCUGCCAGCUGAAAACUCACCAUUACAAACUGCACAGACCUCUGGCUGCAACUCCGAGGAAACCGGGAAGGCGCGCGUUGAGCCCACAGACAUCCACGGAAGACUCGGGAAUCCGGACAAUGCGCGUCCACCAAUGGAAACUACAACUUUCCAUUAUUCACUAGAGGUUGGAUGACUUCUGCAAUCUAGUCCAGCUUUACGCUUUGGCCACAUUUUUUUUUUUUAUGGCUUGGAUUAUGGGGGGUCAAACACAGCGCAGAGUUUCCUUUACACGUCUGAGGUGUCCACACUGGAAGGCAGAAACUUUUUGCUGAUUGCGAAAGCCCCGGGAAUAUCUGUUUCCCCCCCUCUCCCUGGCGUCGUUACAUUUCGUGCGUCUUCCCUGGUUACAGAAGUGACUUGCAGUUGAAGAGGUAACAGGACCGGGACCUGUUCCAGCUGCCGACUUGAGCACAGAUCACUCACGGUUUCCGAAGAAAAUUCAGACAAGAUGAGUGACUGUUCAGCCAUCAAACCGUGAUCAUGAUAGCAACUGGAGGUCUGCUUCGGAUUUCAGCCAGAAGACAGGAUUCUCUCCGAUCCAAAAAUCGCGCGCAGAACAAGAGGAAAAGGAAACCAAAGAAGAAAAGAAAGAAUGAUGUUGUUGUGGUCAAGGGCAAAUUGAAGCUGUGUUCUGUCUCUGGGCUGAUUGCCGCCAUUGGAAUAUUAGUGUUGCUUGUAGGAAUAGCCAUGGCUAUAAUGGGUUACUGGCCCAGGAACAGUCCAGUUUAUCAAGAUGUCCGACAGUCGAAAAACUCACCAAAUAACAGAAAGACAGUAUUGGAGUCAAAUAAUCAGACAAGCAAUAGACAUAUUUACCAAACGGACAGAGAUUCGCUGAAAAACAAUCAUUCUAACAGCACCUCUGUGGACACUUCUUCAUCUUUAGGCUUUUUUGCUGAAUUUCUGGAGAGGUAUUUGUAUUCGGACAAGUUGAAGGUCUUUGGCCCGCUGAUCAUGGGCAUUGGCAUUUUCCUUUUCAUUUGUGCCAAUGCUGUCCUUCAUGAGAACAGAGACAAAAAGACGAAAAUUAUCAACCUGAGGGACAUUUACUCAACAGUCAUAGAUAUUCACAGUUUACGGACUAAAGACUGCACACCACUUAAUGGCUUUGUCAACUACGUGCAGUCAAGGAGUGUGGACGUGAAGUCUGGUGGAUCUUAUAGCGCUGCCAUGCUAGCCAAGAGCUCAUGGCCUUCUACAGUUUCUGCGGCAGUCAAGCAACAAGAUCAGGGUGAAAGCAUUCAAGCAGUGAGGCGGCACUCGGGAGCCAGACAACAGACUGUUUCUAGAGAGGCCCAGAGCUUUACAGACACGGUCUACAGUAUAUACAGGGAACAAACCAGGACAACUGAAAGGGCACCCGUGGCAAAAAAGUGGGAGACAAGAUCGAUUGUUACUUCUUCCAUCAAUGCUUUUACCCUCCCAGUGAUCAAGCUUAACAACUGUGUGUUAGAGGAAAACAGCGCUAAGCCACCAGAGAGCACAGACUCAAAAGACCUGAAAAGCAAAGCAGUCGUUUGUGACUUGGAAGAGACUGAUGUGAGCAGUGCCAACAGUGGUAACACUGAAACCAAGGUGGAGACCUCAAAGACCAACGUGUUUUCCCCGGAAGAAUCGGCAGCCAUUCACAAGAGCACAAGUAGCUUGCAAGGGGCUCAGCGGACCUCUCCACAGGGCUCACAGGUCCAGUUGCUCCCUCCGUCUCCCAGCCGGAGGGGAAUGGGAUCCCACCUUUCCCUCAGCGCCCUUUCCGAUUACUCGAAGUCUGUAGACCUCGGUGAUUGUCCGUCGAGAGCUGAUGACCAGAAGGGGGAAAGAUGUAGGCGCCUAAGCUGCCCCCGUCUGGAACGGUCGAACAGUAAGGGUUACAUAAAACUUGGAGAAGCUGGAGGAGAGUCCUUUGAAUCUUCUGAUCCUGUUGCCUCCCGCAGUGGAGUCUCUAAGGAAGCAGACAGACAGGAGGGGAGCGAUACAGAUCCAGAUCUCCAAGAGAGUUCUGAUGAGCCCCCAAAAGGGAUAACCAGGCAAUAUACAAACAAGGAGAAACUUCUAAUGAUCUCCAAGUCAGGCGCUUCCCUGAGCUUGGACAAUGAAGAUCUUGAAAGCACAGGUGUUUGAGAAGAUUCAUGACGAUUAUUAGCACCGUCUUUUUUUAAAAAAAAACAAUCUUAUACUCCUAUAGGUGGUGAAUGAAUACUCCUGUUGGCGGUUUAGUCAUAACCCAAAGAAUCUCAGAAUGUUGCAUUUAUUUACAUUUACAAUUUACUGUAGAAGACUCAAAGCAAAAAAAAAAACUGAAAAAAGACAAAAACGUUAUGGUUAUGUUGAGUUGUGACUGUAUGUCUCAAAAAUAAUGAGUAUAUAUUAACAGUAACAACUACAAAAUGAAAAUCUAGUUUAUAAAGUAAGGCAAUCCAGUUAGGGAUUGCAGUCUCUAAAAUAAUUUCCAAACUUUCUUUUCAGUGUUACAACAGGCAGUUUUUCCUUCUGUCUGAGCAACACUGGUCUCAAGUAAGCAAUAUUAUUCGUAACACAUUCUAACUGCCUGUGAAAAAUAUGUAUUUUUGUCAACACAAGUAUAACAGUUAUUUCAUACUUCAAAUUGUAUACGUACUUGUCAGUUUCAUUUUAUUUUAAACAUGCCUGAAUUGCUUGUCUAGAAAUGUAUCUAUAUAAUGAGACACUGUUACGAAAUUGUAAUUUUUGGAAAUUUAAGGUUUGUAGUGCUAUAUUGAAUUACCAGUCUUGAAAAGUCUGUGUUCUGUACUAGUCCCCUUAGAAGCAAAAGAUCAGGGACGUUCUGCACUCCGUAUUGACAUAAUUAAUAUAACUACAGAAUAAUAUAUCAUUGCUAACAUCAAAUAUACAAAGUAUUGUUUCAGUCUGUUAAGUCACUAUAGUACUGAUACAAUCAUAAAACUAAUGACCUGUUAAUUCAGUAUUAAAGCUUCCAACAUUAA